AUCAAUUGAAGAAAAUGAUUUUCAUUUGGUUUUGUUUUUGAUUCUUUUUAAAAGUAACAAUUUAUUUUUCUAAUUAUUUUGAUUUAAUUUUUUUUAAUUUCUUUUUAUUAUCUCAUCUAAAUUGUGAAUUUAAUCUCCAUCCUUAGUUUUUCCACUUUUAAUUAGAAAUCUAAUCAUGACUGAACCUGAGCCAAUCAAUAAACUACUAUUAACUUGGCUAAUGAGUUGGAAAAAUGAUUGUGCACGAAUAGGAUCAAAGAUGGAAUAUGUUUACCUGCGAGCGAUAAAAUCAAUACAAAGCCAUAAAGAAAAUGUUUACAGUGGUUCUGAUUGUAGAAAAUUGAAAUUUUUCGGUGAUAAAAUUUGUGCUCGAAUUGAUAAAAAGAUUGCUGAACAUUUCAAUCUACCAAUUGCAUCAAGUGAUUCCACUCAAACAUCCGCUCCCUCAUCUCAAAAUCUCCCCAUGAGUCAAUUGAUUAUUGAGGAACAAGGAAGUUCAAUUGGAUCGUCACAAUCAAGUCAAAUUGUUUCUGAUCAAAGUUCACCAACAAAGCAAAAGAAAACAAGAAAAAAAACCGAACGGAAAUAUGUACCUAGAUAUCGAUCAGGUGGUUAUGCGAUCCUAAUGGCCCUUUAUCGAGCUGAAGCCGAACACGAUUUAGAUAUGCUACCAAAAGCUGAGAUUCUUCAACGAGCUCAACCCUAUUCAGAUGAACCCAUGGUCAAUCCCAAUGGAAUCGGCUACUCAUCGUGGUCAUCAAUGAAUACCCUCAUUAAACAUGGUUAUGUUGAGGUUAGAAAACACCGAUAUUCAACUUAUCGUCUAACGGAUCCAGGCCGUGAGAUCGCUAGCAGACUGAUCUCUACGGAAGAGGAAAUGAAUGAAAAUUUUGUUCCCGUUAAUGGACGGAUUGUCCUCGAACCGGGAACCUUUGACAUUAUUUUGAUGAUCGAUUCAAGGGAACAAUAUUCUGGCGGAGGAUCUGAUCAGAGAAAAACUGGAAUCAUAACUGAAUUUAUGAAUCGCGAAGUUAAAUGUCAAAUGAUUAAACUGCCGGUCGGGGAUUUCGCUUGGAUUGCCCGUGAAAGAAUUGACAAUGAUUUAAGAUCAGCUGGAACUCAGUCUUAUCGCAAAGAGUUACUUUUAGAUUAUGUUAUUGAACGUAAACGUUAUGAUGAUUUAGCGGCUUCUAUCAAGACGGGAAGACUUGGCGAGCAAAAGUAUCGCCUUUAUUGUGGUGUUAGAAGGCCGAUGUACCUGAUCGAGGAUUUCGGUUACCAUCGGAAACACGAAAGUCUCUAUCAAGCAAUGUACCAAACGAUGAUGAACACCAUGGUGAUCGACGAUGUCCUCGUGAAGCAAACUCGAAGUUACAAUGAAACGAUCGACUAUCUCACCAUGAUGACCAAAUAUUUGACCUCAAUGUUCAGUUGUCGUCAACUUUAUUCUUGUACCAAAGAUGAGCUUAUCUCGGGUAAAAUGAGCUCAGAUCAUUUUAUGACCUUAAACGAGUUCAAUCUAUGCGCUGAAAAGAUAACUAAUUUCACUUGUCACGAAAUGUUCAUAAAACAUUUGCUCAAAUUCAAAGGAGUUUCCGUUCCAAAGGCAAAGGCCAUUGUCGCUUAUUAUCAAACGGUCUCCGCUCUGCUAGAAGCAUAUGAAUUAUGUGAGAAUGAGAAAGAGCGACAACUCUUAUUAUCCGAAAUUACCUACGGUAAUUUUGAAAGGAAAUUAGGACCAAAUUUAAGUCGAAAAGUUUAUCGAUACUACAACACCAAACACUUAGACCCAACAUCCAAACCGAGUUCGUCAUCGACACAACCAACUCAGGAGUCGAACACUAAUUAUUUCAAUCUCUCUGAUUCGUCAUGAAAUCCAAUCCAAAUCUCUCUCUCUCUCUCUCUCUCUCUUGAUUGUUUUCCUUUUCUAAAUUGACCUUUGCAUGGAAUUGAAACUUGAACAAUUUAAGUUUUAUCGAUUUAUUUAAACGAUUGUAAUUUUACAUGUAAAUUGAUUAAAAAUAUAAUUGAUUGUAUAA